CAACGCCAAACUGUGCGGAUCAAGUAGAGAGCUGAAAUACUGAAACAAAUUUAAGCUCAGAAAUGUUACAAAGCCUGCUGUGCCUGCUGCCACUUCUCGGCAGUCUGCAAAGUGCAGAAUUACCCGCCUAUGACACCCUACGUGAACGCAUCAUGGAUACUGAGCGUCUGGCCACAGUGGGCGGCACCAUUUGGCUAUCACAGGACGAGGAGAAGGCCAACAGCAUUUUGAUGAACGCCAAGCGGGCAGAAAUUGCGGAAGGUUUUAAGAAUCCGCUGAAAUAUGCUCCGGCAAUGCACUUCUUCCAGGGCCGCCAAUACGUGCAUCAGAGCGAAGUGUUCCGCAUUAUACAGAGAAUGCCGAAGGGGGCCUUUCUGCAUGGCCACAAUACGGGCAUGGUUAGUUCCAAAUGGAUCAUACAAAAUCUGACAACGUCAAGCAACCUGUACACAUGCAUGGAUGUCAAUCAGCUGCUGAUCUUCACGUACGAUCAGAGCAAGUGCCAUAGCGAGAUCCAGAACGUGUGUACAGAGCGAAAUGAUCUCAACGAAAAGGACCGCAUGAAAUACGAGCGGCAAUUGGAGCGUCACAUCAACAUGCAUCGCAAGCAUCCCGAAAUGAUGCUGCCAAAUAGGACGCUAAUCUGGAAGCAAUUCGAGAACAUUUUCACAACAGUAGACAAGCUAUAUAAAUACCGACCCACAUACUGCGCCUACCACAAACGCUUGCUCGAGGAAUUGUGCGAAGAUAACAUUAUCUAUGCCGAAAUCAGAGCUUCGCUGUCGCCGCUCUAUGAUGAAACGAAUCGUACCUACAACACGCUGGAAGUGGCCAAUGAGCUGGAACGCAUUGUGGAAGAGUUUAAGGCUAAGCACUCGGACUUUGUGGGCCUGAAAGUAAUAUACGCCAAACGAAACCGAGCUAGUGAGGAUGAAAUGGCCAAGCGCAUUGUGACGUUCAAGCAACUGCACAACGCCAAGCCGAACUUCAUCAUUGGCUUUGACUUGAUUGGUAAUGAGGAUACAGGUGAUCCGAUUCAUAAGUAUAUCAACGAGUUGUCCGAUUUGCCCAGCACGGCACAUUAUUUCUUUCAUGCUGGCGAAACGAAUUGGUAUGGUCGCACAGACUGGAACAUGAUGGAUGCCAUUUUAUUGAAUACCAAACGCAUUGGACAUGGCUUUGCUCUGCCCAAGCAUCCCCAGCUAUGGUCUACGAUCAAGAAACGCCACAUAGCCAUCGAGGUAAAUCCUAUAUCGAAUCAAGUGCUGGGCUUGGUCUGGGAUUUGCGCAAUCAUCCGGCCAGCUUUAUGAUAGCUGAGAACUUUCCCAUUAUUAUAUCGUCUGACGAUCCCGGCGUCUGGGGCGCCAAGGGUCUGAGCUAUGACUUCUACUAUGCCUUCAUGGCUCUGGCACCGGCAGAAGCGGAUCUGCGUUUCCUGAAGCAGCUGGCGCUGAACUCUAUAAAAUAUGCUACACUCACAUCGGAUGAACGACGCAAGAUCAAUCGCGUGUUCCAAAAAAAAUGGCUGGAGUUUAUUGCGAGUGUUAUCCGUAACUAGAAUUUAAGCUACCAAAAUCUUCUAGGAAAAUAUAUAGACGAGUAAGACCUCUAAA